CUUGCUCCGGAGCCACGUGAUAUGCGCGGGGAAACAUUUCGCUGUGCGAUAAAAUGAAAGCUAUGAAGUUAGGCUAUUGUAAGAUUUCGAUUCCACAGCUUCUCUACAAGCGCCAGCUGUGCUGUGCUCUUAAACGAAUAGCGAUGGAGAUUCUUGCUGAGAGCAACGAAAACGUUACCAGGGAUGCGCCAUUGUCGUCUGGCAAGCCCGCAAAAAUGCCACGGAUAGAAGGCGAGGAAAAGCUGCUUGUUAAGAAGCUGUCGGACAAGGCAACGCUGCCAAAGCGAGGUUCCGCGGGAGCAGCUGGAUACGAUUUGUCAAGCGCGGAGGACACGGUCAUCCCCGCUCGCGGGAAGGCGCUCGUCAAGACGGACAUCUCCAUCCGCGUUCCCAAGGGCACCUAUGGACGUGUUGCUCCGCGUUCGGGCCUGGCCGCCAAGAACUUCAUCGAUACUGGUGCGGGCGUCAUUGACGAGGACUAUCGAGGCAACGUCGGCGUCCUCCUCUUCAACCAUUCAGACACGGACUUCCCCGUCAAAGUUGGCGAUCGCGUCGCGCAGCUCGUGUUGGAAAAGAUCACCACACCGGACGUUGAGGAGGUUGAGGAAUUGGAUGCCACGGAGCGAGGUGCCAACGGCUACGGCUCGACCGGCGUUGCAGCUAGCUAGUUGACAUGCUUUGCAGGGAGGAUCUGAUGUUUCCCACAUCCGUAGCCAUGCUAGUUAGACAUAUCCGCUAUGAGUUCGUCUUCUGCCGGACUUCUGUGGACACAGAACGUCAGGUGUCUUUAGAUGUUGGAGCAAUGCAGGGAGGAGUUUUCCGCAAACGCUUUUGAAACCUUUAUUUGUUCGUUUUUGAUUGGCAAGUCAGAGCGUUAUCAUGGGCAGUAGCAAUGGAUCGAAUAUAGCAUUGGAUGGUUGCGUUCUGCAUUCCCUCGUCGUGAAUUUGGGCAGCAUCGGACUUCGUGCAGGUUGGCUGACGAAAUGCGGGCGGAUGCGGCUGUUGGUCAUUCGUUCCUGGCGCAUUGUUCGCCCAUGUAAGGAAAAAUGUCUGUC